AUGCCUUCCUUCAACGCCUCCAACGUGGACCUUAACACGGCCAGCGAGGAAGAUGUUCUCUGCUACCUGGCCCUCGCUGAGAAUGACUACAAUGGCCACCUCGGAGCACGCAUUUCCUCCAUCUUUGUGAUUCUCUUCGUUUCCACUGCCUUCACCUUCUUCCCAGUUGUGGCCAAACGAGUCCCAGGAUGGAAGAUCCCGCAUGGUGCCUAUCUCUUUGCCCGAUAUUUCGGUACCGGAGUCAUCCUGGCGACAGCUUUCAUCCAUUUGCUGGACCCCGCAUACAGCCGUAUUGGCCCGAAUACCUGUGUCGGCACUUCUGGUCACUGGGGUGACUAUUCCUGGUGUGCCGCCAUUGUUCUGGCAUCGGUCGUGAUCAUUUUUUUGAUGGACCUGGCUGCAGAGGUAUAUGUUGAACACAAAUACGGCGUCGAACGAAACGAGUCGGCCACCGAUGCCUUCCUCACUUCCCACCCUCAUGCUCACGCCGCUGCCUCUGACGGAGGACCGACACCAACGAGGAUCAAAAGCAACGGAAACAUCUCCGACGAUAGCUCGAACGCAGAACGAUCUUUUCGGCAACAGAUUGCCGCCUUCCUGAUCCUGGAGUUUGGCAUCAUCUUCCACUCUGUCAUUAUCGGCCUGAACCUAGGUGUCACAGGCGAGGAAUUUGCCACGCUCUACCCUGUCCUUGUUUUUCAUCAGUCGUUUGAAGGACUGGGGAUCGGUGCACGGAUGUCUGCUAUUCCCUUUGGUCGACACAAAUGGCUCCCCUGGGUGCUGUGUCUGGCAUACGGACUGACCACGCCAAUCUCGAUCGCUAUCGGGCUGGGUGUGAGGACGACAUACAAUCCUGAUUCCAAGGCUGCCUUGAUCGUCCAGGGUGUUUUGGACGCGGUAUCCGCUGGGAUCUUGAUUUACAGCGCGCUGGUAGAACUGCUGGCGAGGGACUUUUUGUUCGAUCCGUGCCGGACGAAGCGUCGUUCUCAGUUGCUAUACAUGGUGAUCUGUAUGUUAUUGGGCGCAGGAAUCAUGGCGUUGAUUGGAAAGUGGGCGUGA